AUGGCGGCCGAAAAGGCGGCGGCACUGCAAGGAGUUCUUCUCACAGAUUUGUGGAAUGGGCCACUCUGCGCGGUAAGUCGGACGCGCGAGCGACUGGGCCAUAUCGACUUUGCCAUGGUGGUGCCCCCGCUCCGCGCGUUUGUAUACUGCAUGUUGUGCCCUUUUCUCUGCUACCCGAUUGCCGCGCUGCACUUGUGGGGCUACUACCGCUGCAUGCGGACCCUCAUCUUUCCCAAGUCUUACCGAAAGGAGCGCUACGCCUCACAUGUGAUGUACGGCGUGCAGAAGCGUGUGUAUGAUGCGAGGCAGAAGCGCAUUCACGAAACGACGGUCGGUGAUGCAGAGGAAAUUCAACGCGCCCUGGAAGUCACCGCUGGCGCACGAAAUCAUUUUGUGGAUGAUCCCAACGCGAGCGGUGUUGCGUACUUCGUCGUGGAGCAAAAAAUUAUGAGGGCGGAGGCCAUUUUUACGGGGGAGAAUUGGGCCUGGGCGUUGAUCUCGGACAGUUGCAGGUUUCUAGUCCCCGUCUUCUUGGCGUACUUGUUCGUUCCCUCCUGCAGGCGGCUGGGAGUCGACCUGCGGUUGUGGGCGCAAGGGCGUCUGCGUUGGUGGCAGCUGCGGCACCCCGUACUCAACUUCUUCAAGUCGUACCGCGACUACAACAACGUCAUCAAGCGUAUCAACAUCACGAAGCCCCCACCAAAAGGCAAGGAGCCGUGGACCAAAAAUCUUUAG